AUGAAAGUUUCCACUCAGUUUCUAGCCGCGUGUGCUAUUGCAUUUACUACCACCGCUCUGGCAACACCUUCAAUGUCAAAGAGGAUUAUUGAUGGCUCGAAAGUUCUUGGUUGUUUUGCGAGUGUCUUCAUGAAGGGUGAAGAGGCCUGGACUCCAGAAUGUGCUACAGCUGCAACGACUGAUCUCGGCAUUACCCAAGAGGCCGGCUUUGAUGAUUUGACUCUUGAUUUUACGAAACCUGACCUAACGUUGUCAUCAAGUGUAUCCGUGAAAUUGGCCUCGCUCCCCGGAAUCAGUCUACCUGUAAAGAAAUUUUCUGGCCAUUUUGCUAUCAUUGAUGGUGGAGUUGCGAUCGCAAAGCUUACGGCUCCAAGCACUUCUGCCAAAGUCAAAGGCAGGAUUCUCAAGUUCACACUCGGAACUACUGCUCUAAAGACUAUACCAGGACAGGAGGAUGGGAUAUCCAAGUUCAUCGAAACCCUGGUGAUACAACCCUCACAUACGUUCACCAUCGCUGGAAAUGCCGAUGUUACAAUCAAGAUUCCCGGCAUUCCGCUCCUUGGCGGGGUCAGUAGUCUUGUUUCUCCUUCUGCUUCCUCAAAAACCUUAACUGCUACCAACGUCGGUUUUUCAUCUCCCAUCACUUUGCGAGGCGUUAAGGGCUUUUGGGUCAAGUAUUUAAGUCAAAAGCACUUUACCAGAGAUUCUAAGUCUGGUAUCACUACAUUGGUAUAUACGGCUAAUUUCCAUAACCCUUCGCAGGUGAAUAUGAGACUAGGAGACACUAAAUACAACGUACUUAAUGCUAAGGGAGAAUUAGUGGGAGUCAUUAAUAUCCCAAAUCUAUACUUGGCCAUGGGUGACAACGUUGUGACAGCUACCACAACGUUCACUAAUCCCGAUGCUUAUAAUGCCCUAACAACCAAGAGCAAUGCGUUCACAGUAGUAGGCUUUAAAGAUACUGUGAAAAACUCUAUCCUGGCUAAAGCAAUGGUUGGCAUUAAGUUUCAAAUGACAAUCCCCCAAAUUGUAGCUGCAUAA